CCUCCGUCGCCGCCAUCUUGUGGUGACGGUUUCUCUGGCAUUGUUCUAGGCCGGGCAGUGGGAGCCGGUGGACUGGGACCGAUACAGAGAAGGAAAAUACAUAGAGCGGAGACCAGCUUUACGCCACGUCGCCCUCAUCUCCAAACAGAAGUCAGUCGGGCUCGAAACUCCCCCGCCACCUGUACCGGGUUUCCCGCCUGUUCCUUCGGACAUAGCGGGGCCCGGAGCUUGUAGCCAUGGACGAAGAGCUACCCAAGACCCUAUAUGUGGGAAACCUGUCCAGGGAUGUGACCGAAGCGCUGAUUCUCCAGGUCUUUAGCCAGAUUGGUCCCUGCAAAAGCUGCAAGAUGAUCAUGGAUACUGCUGGGAAUGAUCCAUAUUGUUUUGUGGAGUUCUACGAACACCGCCAUGCAGCUGCGUCUUUAGCAGCAAUGAACGGCCGGAAGAUCAUGGGGAAGGAGGUUAAAGUCAACUGGGCCACCACCCCUAGCAGCCAGAAAAAAGACGCAAACAGUAGUUCCGUUGUCAGCACACUGCGUUCUCAAGAUCAUUUCCAUGUCUUUGUUGGUGACUUGAGCCCAGAGAUAACAACUGAUGACAUUAAAGCCGCAUUUGGUCCGUUUGGGAGAAUAUCAGAUGCCCGUGUGGUGAAAGAUAUGACAACUGGAAAAUCUAAGGGCUAUGGAUUUGUGUCCUUCUUCAAUAAGUGGGAUGCAGAAAAUGCCAUAGCGCAAAUGGGAGGCCAGUGGCUUGGUGGUCGACAGAUUCGAACUAACUGGGCCACAAGAAAACCUCCGGCCCCGAAGAGUACAUAUGAAUCCAAUACAAAACAGUUGUCAUAUGAUGAGGUGGUCAGCCAGUCGAGCCCCAGCAACUGCACUGUGUAUUGUGGAGGUGUCACAUCAGGUUUAACAGAGCAACUGAUGCGGCAGACAUUUUCACCUUUUGGGCAAAUAAUGGAGGUCAGGGUCUUCCCAGAUAAAGGUUAUUCUUUUGUAAGGUUUAACGCACACGAAAGCGCAGCACAUGCAAUAGUCAGCGUGAACGGAACUACAAUUGAGGGGCACGUAGUGAAAUGUUACUGGGGUAAAGAGACCCCGGACAUGCUGAAUACUGUUCAGCAGCAAAGCCAAAUUAGCUUUCCCCCACCAUACGGUCAGUGGGGCCAGUGGUAUGGAGGAGCCCAGCAGAUAGGCCAGUACAUGCCCAAUGGCUGGCAAGUACCAGCAUAUGGGGUAUAUGGACAAGCUUGGAAUCAGCAGGGAUUUAGUCAAACUCCAUCUUCUGCCACCGCAUGGAUGGGACCAAAUUAUGGCGUGCAGCCUCCCCCUGGACAGAAUGGAACCCUGAUUACGAACCAAACGGGAUAUCGUAUGGCUGGAUACCAAACGCAAUGAGAGGAAGGACUCCCAGACUCACCAGCAGUCUGCUGCUGGCUCAUUUGUUUACUUUGAUUACGUUAUGAAAUCACGUCAGUGCAGAUGUCAGAUACAGUAUAUUUAUUAAAACAGAAGUGAAACCAUUUUUUAAUCAUGAAACUUUCAUCUACUUGUUUAAAACCCCGAACCACACACAAAAUACUAGAGAUGCUGGAUGUUUGCCAAUUUUUGCCUUCCUUUUUUCAUUUUAUUUUUUUAUAUAUAACUGUCGCUUAACCCUGUCUCUCUUGAAGGGAACAGCCAAGCCUUGAUUGCCAGAUCUUUCGGCAGCAAAAAGGGUUAAGUUCAUUUGAAAUAAUAAAUCAAUGCAGGGAUCACUGCCACUUUUGGCAGCAAAUUGCACAAAAAUGUCUUUUUUUUCCCACUUAAGUAGUGUGCAGUUUUAGAUUGCAUUCCUAGUAUAAUUCAAGAUGUAUUAUAAAGAUUAACUGUACAAAAAUUGACUCUGUGAAGGUUUGUUUUUUCUUUGUUUUUUUUUUUGUUUUUUUUUUUUAACCUUCAGUAUGAAUUCAUAUUGUUCAGGUUCUAUACACUGUUCAACAUUCUUUAUGCCAUGGUUGGUUCUAACUUGUUUUUUUUAAAAAGCAAUUUGGCCUUAUAAAGGUAAUAUAUUGUCUGCACAGGGAGGACUCUGAUCACACUGAUCCUUCGAGUGUUAAAAGGGUUAACCUCUUUCAUUAAAAAAAAAAAAUGUGACUUGAUCUGAGCCUGUACGUGAAACUCUGAGAAGAUCCUUCUUCCAUAUUCUGUUGACAUUUUUUGUUUGUUUUGUUUUUGUUCUUCAAGAAGGUGCCUAGGAAAAAAUCCCUGUUGGGUUUAUUUCUAAAGGAUUUUUAUCUUCUGUCGUGUAAAAAAACAACAAAAAAAGUAUCUGGAAAUGGGGAAUUAUAGAAACCCAUUUACUGAAAUUGCAAAAAAAAGUGAUAAAUUCUUAAUGAACCAGA